GAGAAUGAAGCUUCACAGUUAACUUCAGCAAUUUCAAAAUGUUUUAAUAAUAUAUUUCAUUUUAAACAUAACAAUUAUACAUAAUAAAUGCGAGGUAAAGUGUUUCGAAUGAAUCACCUUGCAUCUUCAAUCUUCAGGCAAAAUAAUAUAGUUAGCACCACCUACGCACUGAAUCAUGAGGCGCAUUGAUUCUUCUUUUACAUCUACCUUACAAAAAGGACAUGAGACGCGCGGCUUCAAAUAUAAUGUUGAUAAGGUUACAAAUUCGGAGCUGCUUUUCUUCUUUUGAAGCGUCAUUUGAUUUUAUGAACUUGACCUUAACUCGAUCCGAUUAUCACAACUCGUGCUCUGGCCGACCCGUAGCCUCCACAAGCAGACAAGCGGAUUAUCUAGGCCACAGCAUUCGUCGUUGAGGAUCUCGCGCACUCUAGAAGCAAGACUGUGAAAUGAAGUUUGGAAAAAACAGUGUGGAAGCCGAUGACGUAUGGACACGUGAGCAGUUCAAAGCAGAAGCCGCGCGCAUCCUGGACGUGUCGUGGCAGGUGAUGCACACGGCGGAAUGGCGCUUGCAGAAGCAGUCGGCCGUUGGCGACGCCUUCAGCGCCAAACCUCCUGGGAUGAACCAGAUAUUUAAAAUAAAGGGCGUUGUGGAUAUGGCACCAGAGGCACUGCUACAGUUGCUGUUCGACAGUCCAGACGAGUAUGCAAAGUGGAAUCCUGUAAUUGUGGAAUCGCUACUUUUGGAGCGUGUGGACGAGCGGGUGCACGUGUCGUACCAAGUGACGGCGGAGCGGCUGGGCGGGCUGGUGGCGCGCCGGGACUUCGUGGUGCUGUCGGCGUGGCAGGAGCGCGACGGCGCGCUGGUGCUGGCCAACGUCUCCGUGCCGCAUCCCGCCGCGCCGCCGCCCGACACCUACAUCAGGGGUGAGAAUCGCCCGGGCUGCUACGUCAUCCGACCAGUUCCUGGCGAGUCCAACAAGUCGCGAGUGGAAUGGUACCUGGACACCAACCUGAAGGGAUGGCUUCCUCAGAAGAUUCUCGACGCAGCUUUCUGUUCGAUAUUAACAGAAAAUUUGAAGAACUUGAAGAAUUAUAUUUCAAAGUGAAUAUUUAAUGUAUUUCAGCCUUAACUGGAAUUUCUUAUUUAAAAUGAUAAAAAAGGCUUUGCGCCAUCUUAAAAAUAUUAAUACGAUGCAUUUAGCAGACAGUAAUACAUUACAAAUUAUAUUACAAAAAUGCAGUAAUGGAAAUAUAAUUUAAUGAUUUUAUUGUGAUAUCAUUACUGAAAAAGUACUUUGUACUCUUAAGGGUACUAACUAGUCUGGGCCCAACGAAAAAAAUCAUUCUCAGGAAAUGGGAUACCAAUGUACAAACGAGUGCAUGUGUGCAAUUAUUUUCAAAUAAAGAUUAACGCUCAUGGAGCUUGAGAUAUUUUUAUUGAUAUCAAAUUGGAGGAUGUAUUUUUUCAUAUUUUAUUUCCUGUGUCACUUCCC